AUGCGCAUCACUUGCAGACAUUAUGCCAGUGCCAGCGAUGUUUUGGCCAAAGCUAACUUGAUGAAUCAGGUGAUAGAUGGUCUCUCUGCUAGCUCGCUCGAGGAGGAGCUGCUUUCCGAACCUCAAGGAUCGAUUGGUGGUAAAGAAAUGUACAUCUACCACUCAUUUGCCUUGAGUAGUGGUUGCGGCGACUGUUCAGUGCGAUGCGAUGCUUCCAUCAGCAUUCGAGGGCACGUGCAGCAGCCUGAAGAUGUGUCUCAAGAGGUCAAGAGGUCAGUUAGUCCGAAGAGUGAUUCCGAAGCAAGCAUCGAUGGUUUGGUCACAGCCACCACCUCAAAUGUGGCUGGACUGUGA